UUGAGUUAAACUGCAAUGAUUCGAACGCUUCUACUGUUUUCUGGUAUUAUUUUGAUUCUUUUGAGUUUAAUUUGUGCUCUGUUGGCAAAUGCUUCAUAUGGGUAUGUGAUUCGAAUAGAUGAUUCUGAGCUGUCUUACGGGCUGUGGAAGUUUUGUGGGGAUGGCGAAUGCACCCGAUACAGAGAACUCAGCGACUACGAUGGCCCUUUUGAGAUCCGAGUGCACGUGGCCAGGGGAUUCUUCAUAGCAGAUUACGUCAUCAGCCUCAUCCUUAUGACGUCACUGGUGCUUUGUCUGUUUACAGAGAGAAAAGAAGCCUUCAUUAUAGCCACUUUGUUCAGUGUCUUAUACGCCCUUCUGCUAAUUGUGGCCAACAUCUGCCAAACACUAGCCUACAAAACUCUCAAGGACGAGAUCGAUUUAGCACAAAAAGAUGGGACGAUACAUCCGAGCGGCGAUGAUGAGGACAACGGGGAGUCUUACGGGUGGAGUUUUGUGCUCCCCUGGGUGGGGCUUGCACUAGCUUUUUUUGAAUUGCCAUUGCCAGUUGUGGUCUUGCAAGAGUAUCGAGAAAAUUGUUGGAAGUAUUUUUGGAAAAUGUCGAAAAACGACUUAGAAUUGUAAACAAGAUUGUGAAAUUACUUUGAUCAUUGAGAUCUUUCGCUCAAAGUUAAGAUUUUAAAAGAACUUUAUAUAGGUAUACUGCUGAAUUUAUUCCCCUUUUUUUGCUCUAAAUUUUUUUUCACUAAAUAAUUAAUCUUAUUGAUUUGAUAAUUAACUAUCGAUAUUAAAAACCAACAGAAGUCAUAACA